UUCUUAGUUAUGUUUAAUUGUCAGAACGUUGGAGAACUUUAUGCAAAUGUUUGAUGUUUCUUAAAUCUUUUUUAGAUUUGUAUUCAACAAAAAAUGUCAAUGUUUUUCGAAAAUUGCCAAUUUAACAUAAGUAAUGACACACAUUUUUUAGUUCCGUCAAAAUUCAUUUAUAUUACCGGCAUAUAUUCAAUUGUGCUUUCAGUUAUCGCUUUUAUAGAAAACGGUUUGGUAAUCCUUGCUUAUUUUAAAGAUCCAACAGGCAAGCUGCAGACUCCGUUAAAUUAUUUUCUUAUAAAUUUAUGUUUCAGUGAUUUAAUGAUAAGCUGCAUUUCAUUGCCAGUUUUUGCUUAUGAUAGAAUGUUUCAAACGAUGUUACCUAAUAUAUUGCACACAACAGUUGACGUGUCGUUUUUUUUAACUGUAACGGCAUCAAUGUUAAAUAUGCUAGUGCUUGUGAUUGAUAGAUUUGCAGCUAUACAAUGGCCAUUUUUAUAUAGAGUUAAUAUAAAUAUAAUUCGAUCACGAUUUGUAACUAUGGCAGUGUGGUUGGUUGCAAUACUUAUUAGCAUUGGCAGUUUAUUUUGUAAUUUAUCGAGGUAUUAUUUUGUUAUGUCAAAUCUACAUACCUUUGUUAUAUUAAUAUCUCUGUGCGUAUCAUUUAUUGCAGCGUUAAGAAAAUUGCAAAAACAAGAGGGAACUUUUCUUUUACCUGAAAAAUCAAAAAAUGCUUACUCACCAUUGAGAAGCACUAUUAUUUUCCAAAGAGAUCAUUUUCCUCAUAGAUUUGAAGAAUAUAAUCGCCAAAGUCUUCAAUUGCCGAACAGACAAGAUAGUCGACGACCAAGAUCAGAUUCAAUAGCUGUGGCUUUUGUCGAACGAAACGACCGAGUUCGUCGCUCAUAUACUUUACAGUUAAUUGUUUUUACUACUUUGUUACUGCCAUCUUGCGCUUUGAGCUAUUUCCUAAUGAUAUCCAAUUCGUGUAGUUACGCACUUAAACAGACACUACACAAUGUACAUAUGCUUCUUACAAUGACUACUUGUGCGGUAAAUCCCUACUUACUUGCCUUAAGACUUGAUUGCUUUCAAAAAUCAAUUCGAAUAAUUUUCAUUAAACAUGACGUGGAAAGAUCUGAUGCAUCACCGGGCAGUAAAAUAACUUCAGACGUUUUUUUAAUUUCAUUUUCACAGUUGUCAAGAAGGUCAAGUGAUAAAACAAACCAGGAGUAAUUAAGUGCAAUUUAACAAUCCUAAUUAAAGGUUUAAACAAUAAAUCUAACUAAGAAUAUCAAGCUUAACUAGAUGCAAUUUUACGUAAAUUUUACCAUCAUUACUAGUUAAUAGUCUAGUUUUAUUGCAAAUUACUUUAA